CGUAAGGCUGCUUAAGAGGCAAUGUUUCUCUGUGGCGCGCAAACGGAUUUCUGGGAUACUACAAAACUUGGAUUUCCAUGCUGAAAAGCCUACAUUGAGUUUCCGAUCAUUUGGACGCAGUGCGAUCCUUUAUUGAUGGGAAGUUUUUAGGUUUCCUUUUAGUAUUAUAGGUAUGUGUUUGGUAAUAUCACACACAGGCACUUGUAAAACUGCACGUUUGUGCUAUUUGUGUUUAUGCUAUUCGUGCCCUGGAUAAAGGUGACCGAACUUCGGUUACAAAUGGUCAUCACCCCUAGGGAUAACAGCUAUGGGGAAUCAGUGUGGCAACUGUCACCCCGACAUCUCUCACAUUGGCGAAUCGAAACACGUCGCUAGAUAGUCAGACACUUCUCAGUAUGUAUACCUGUACCAACAACUCCAACUGUUCCAUUAAUAGCAGUUGGGAUGAUAAUGCUACAUUGUGGGAGAGCGAGCACCCGGUCACCAUUUUCCCUGUCCCGGUCCUUAUCGGGGUCACGGUCACCUGUGUUGUCUUCUUCCUUGCAGGAGUCUCCGGGAAUCUAAUGACGAUUCUUGUGGUUACCAAAUACAAGGACAUGCGAACAACCACAAAUCUAUACCUAUCCAGCAUGGCCUUCUCGGACUUACUCAUUUUCCUAUGCAUGCCUUUGGACUUGUACCGCAUCUGGAGGUACCGACCAUGGAAUUUCGGCAAUGCACUAUGUAAACUGUUCCAGUUUAUUAGUGAGUGUUGUACUUACUCGACCAUUCUUAAUAUUACAGCCCUGAGCGUGGAGAGGUACUUCGCGAUUUGCUUUCCCCUCAGGGCGAAAGUAGUAGUAACCAAGGGUCGUGUGCGGGGGGUAAUUCUGUUUCUCUGGACACUGUCUUUCGUCAGUGCAGGACCCGUUGUUGUCCUCGUUGGAGUCGAGCACGAAAAUGGAACUAAUUCACGGGAUACCAAUGAAUGCAAAGCGACAGAAUAUGCCAUCAGGUCAGGACUGUUGACCAUUAUGGUGUGGGUCUCGAGCAUAUUUUUUUUCUUGCCCGUGUUCUGCUUAACUGUUUUGUACAGUCUUAUUGGUCGAAAGCUCUGGAAGAGAAAAAAAGAAACAGCUGGAACGAAUCUAUCAAGUCGAGAUAAAAACAACAGACAAACAGUGAAAAUGUUGGCUGUGGUGGUAUUCGCCUUCGUACUCUGUUGGCUUCCUUUCCACGUCGGCCGCUAUCUGAUCUCCAAAUCGUCCCAAGCUGUAUCACCGAUCAUGUCUCUGAUCACCCAGUACUGCAGCAUCGUCUCCUUUGUGCUAUUUUACCUCAGCGCCGCUAUCAACCCUAUCUUAUACAACAUUAUGUCUAAGAAGUACAGGAUUGCGGCAUGCAGACUCCUCAGCCUCAGACGCGUCCCGCGGAAGCACGCGAGCGCAGCGAAAGGCGAAAGUUCCCCGGGCUUGACUGAGUCCAGUAUUAGUUUGUGACUUCAAUGCUAAACCUCAACAUAAUUUCUUGUGCUGUAAAAUACAUUGUAAUACAGCUUAGCACAUUUUUUCUCGCUUUGAAAGACCUGUUGAUUUUGACCACUAAUUUCAGAAAAAGAAGUAGUGGUUACUUCAGAAUAAAGAUAACUUUUAAAUGGAUGCACAGUGGACAUUGGAGGGGAGGGAAGCGGGUCACGGAACACUGGAAACGAUUUGUCAAUGUCAAACACAUCAUAAACGAUCAGGGAGCAUGUAAGAGGAAUUUAGUGCAUGUAUUUCGUUACCAAUCAUGUACAACUUAAGAGUGUUGUCUUGUUGGUUUUUCAAAUAUUUUAACAAAUGAAUAUAAACUGUAAAAACUGAGGUACAUAGAACAAAAGAACAUCAGCUGCCUUAUAUAACAGAAAUCUGGAGGACAAAAUUAGCACUGUAGAUACAGCAGCGUCUUUUUGCACUCGACAAGGAGAUGCCAAAGUGCUGCCUUUUAUUUUAAAUGUGCCUGAAAUGUCAUCGUCUCUUAACAAGCUUUGCCCAGUUUUUGUUGUGUGCGUGUAACAUGCGCGCGCACGCUCAGGGCUCCGACACAUGCCUACAGAAUCAGCAACGAAAAAAAGCACAAAAGGCUUUUUUUUCGUUCUGUCACGACCAAAAAUCUCACGAUAGCAGUGGCUUGUGAAUAUGACUUACGCCUCACAAAUAACUCGCUUACAAUCGCUGUUGUGUGUGGUAAGAUGAGUUUAGCUCGAGUCUUUUCAUAUUCUUGCACUGUAAAAUUAAAUUUCAUUUCGUUUCAUUUGAGCAUCGCAAACCAAUGAAAUGAUUGCAAAGGAUUGUGUUUAAAACGCCUAUCAACGUCCAACCAAUGUCGAUGU